AUGGCAGCCGAAGCACCACUAAUCAAGCGCCAGAGAAACUACAAGGUAGCUGGUACCUUGAUCGGAUCCUACAAGAUCCAAAAAGGUGACACUUUCAGUGCCAUCGCCUCCGACCAAGAGCUCGACCUCCACGCCGUCCUCGCUGCCAAUCCAGGCGUCGACGCCGAUCACCUCGAGGUCGGACAAGACAUCAAUUUACCAACCAAGACGUUGGAACUCCUGUUCAGCCUUCACGAUGUCGCCCGUGUUCUUGGUGUCUCUCUCAAAGAACUUCAGUCAGAUAAUCCUGGGAUCCCCACGGAGAUCUCCAUCAACGAGGUCAUUAAAGGUCCCAGCCUUCCCGAGGGAGAUGGGGAAAUGAUCGCCCAGGAGGUCUCUGCAGCACUCCCAGGCGGCAGCGGUGGCGGGAAGGGAGGCGGUGCCUAUGCCAAUUACAGCGGACCUGCCUCCAAGUUUCCUCCAACUUCGCAGUGGGCAUCAUACUCUGCGCUGUGGAGCAGUAACUCCAAGCUGAUGAAGUACAACGACUCCGACUCUGAGAUUGCCAACAUCAAAACCGCCAUCGAAACGGUCGCCCGCGAAUCCCAGGUCGAUGUCCGCGUGAUCCUUUGCACCAUCAUGCAAGAAUCUGGUGGGAAUGUGCGCGUUCACACCACCGUGUCGCCAGAUGGAACGGUCCGCAACCCGGGGAUCAUGCAGUCUCACAACGGCGCCGAGUUCAAUCCUCAACAGGCCGCGCAGAGCAUCUUGCAGAUGGUCCGAGACGGGACCGAGGGGACCAAGUCCGGCGAUGGAUUAAAGCAGUGCUUCCAGCAUCAAGGGAACUGGUACGCAGCGCUACGGGAGUAUAACUCGGGCAGAGUCGACGUCAACGACCUCAACAACGGAAUGGGCGCCACAGGCGGUUAUGUCAGGGAUGUGGCGAAUCGGUUGAUGGGUCACGUUUGGAAUGGGAUGUAA